AAUAUUAUUUCUGUUGCAAAAUUGACGAUUUAAAUAUGUCUCAAAAUCCUCGUAAUUCAAGUGAUAAUUAUAUAAAAGAAAAAGUUGUAUUAGAGCCCGAAGUAAGCUGCGAGAAACACGUAGUGAAACGAUCGCAAGCCGGACAACAAAUCGAGGAAGUGAAGCUUAAGCAAAUCUCGACCUUGAGAAAAUAUCAAAACAUAAAUGGUACUUCGAGAAUAUUAAAAAACAAGGAUAUACAUAGACUAAAAACGCGAAAUCUAAAAGUGCCAAAAAUCCCAAAGAACAUCGUCAAUAUCGUCAACAUCUUGCAGCACAAAAAUUUUCUGAAUAUGGUUGGUCGAUUCUUUAAACCAAGUAUUAAUAAAUAUCUGCGAAAGAAAAAUUUUCGAUUGAAAAAAUCCAAUAUGAACAAAAGUCAUGAGAUUAACAUUAUUUUCUCGAAUUUUGGCAAUUAAAUUUUUUAAUUUAUCGAACAAAUAAAAGAUCA